GUGUCAUUCGUCAUAAAACAUGCUUCGUUUAACAGUGUUGGCUAUUGCAUUGAUUACCGUGUUGGCCGACGGUGAUGAGAAAAAAAAAUGUAUGAGGCUAUUUCAUCCGGGAUCUAUGCAUUGCUGUAGAAACAAAAUGCCGCCACCGAAUGUAGACAAAGACGAGCUGAAUGAAUGCUUCAAGAUUCCACAUCACCAUUCUUGCGAGCAUGAUAUUUGCAUUGCGAAGAAACGCGGGUUCUCCUCCGAUGACGGUACUGUCGACAUGGACGCAUGGGAGAAGAUUGUUACGGAAGACUUUAAAAACUCUCCUACGUUGGUAGAAGCCAUCAAAGAGAACUGUAUCAAGGGUGACGUCAGCAAAUACGGACCACCUGAUGCUUGCCAGCUGACCAAAUUGAAGAUGUGCGUGCAUAGGUCUAGUAUCCAAGACUGCAAGGAAUGGGAUGACGAUGGCCCGUGUGCUGGCAUCAAGGACCUGGUGAUGGAGUGCGCCAAGAUGGAAGAAUAAACAACUGACUACCUAAUAACUAAUAGUGUUCUUAAUCUUAAAGAUUGUUUUUGCAAACGGUAUGCUACUUAUUUAAAUAAAA